AGGUCCGGCAGUGCCGCACCGAGCCUCAAGCUAUAUCGAGCCGAGUCUCUUUCACCCAUUCUCUCUCUCUCUCUCUCUCUCUCUCUCUCUCCCCUCCCUCUGUGUUUGUCCCUCACUCCAUGUUUCUUUCUUUCUCCAUCUAUCUAUCUAUCUUCGAUUCGGUCAAGAUCGAAGGACGGAGCGGGCUCCUUAUUUUUUUUUCUUUCCAUCUUUCGAAUCCUCCGGUAGGCGCCCUCUUAUCUUCCUUCUUUCGCCGUUCGAUGAACGCGGAAGCGAGCGUUAAUUCUAUCGUCUCUUCCGAUCGUGAUCUUUGAGCAUCGAGCUUUUAGCACCGAUAACACCGGGAAAAGCUCUCGAAACCCUGGCCAGAAAAAGCGCGCUCGUCGAGCCACGCUCGACGCGGAAAAAGAAGAGGAAGUACGAUCAUGGGGAACGCAACCACAAAGAGACACUAUUCCAAGAGCAUCUCUCUAGCGAGCUCGUCCAAAAGACCACGUUGGGAUGGACCAGGAUUGCCAGCACCUCCGGGCAAGCCAAUUCUUAUACCAGGAACGGACGAUACGCAACCGGACGUCGUUGGAAUACGUUGGGAACGAUCGCCCAGUAACGGCGGAUCGGCCAUCGUAGGUUAUUUGGUUGAACAUCGGCGAAUGGGUUCGGCUCAUUGGGUGCGUAGUAAGCCCGGGCUCUGCACUUUUCCGGAACUAACGUUGAGCGGUCUUGAGCCAGGAUGGCGUUACCAGUUCAGGGUCAGAGCACAGAACGCGGUGGGUCUGUCGGCUCCUAGCGAACUGUCGGAUCCCUUGACGGUAACGUUGCAACGAGCCGCUGCAUCAGCCCCACUGUUCGACCUCGAACUCAGCGAUUUGAUCGCCUUGGAGAACGAACAGGCGGAAUUCGUAGUGAGAUUUACGGGAACUCCCUUGCCGAAGAUUUCUUGGUUCAAGGACGGCUUUGAAAUUUUUAGCAGUAGACGAACGAGGAUCUUAACGGAAAAUGGAAAAAGUGUAUUACUUAUUCAUCAGACAGCUCUUAACGACGAGGGUGAAAUCAAGUGUACCGCAACGAAUAGAGCUGGUCACGUUAGUACCAAGGCCAGACUGAUUCUCGAAGCGUUUCCAAAGAUACGACUACCGAGGCAGUACGAGGACGGUCUCCUUUUCGAACAGGACGAAACGAUCAGAUUGAAGGUAUCUUUAGCUGGAAGACCACCACCUACGGUCGCUUGGUUUCACGAUGGAGAACCUCUUUCUCAGGACACGCGGCAUCUGUUCGAAACUAUGGACGGAGAAUCGGUUUUAAAAAUACCAGACGCAAAGCGAUUCGACAGAGGAGAGUACACGGUAAAGGCUAGAAACAAACUUGGCGAGGAUUCAUCCUCUUUUCUCGUUACCGUCACAGAUCGACCAGCUGCACCUGGAAAGGUAAACGUCACGAUGACUUUGGGCAGAUCCGUCACGCUAUCUUGGAAGGAACCGGAGGACGAUGGUGGUUGUAAGAUCGGUACUUACAUCGUCGAAUAUUAUAGAAUCGGUUGGGAGGUAUGGUUGAAAGCAACCACGAGCCGUCAGACCGCAGCAACGCUGACCGAAUUGCUCGAAGGCUCGGAAUACAGAUUUCGGGUAAAAGCCGAGAAUCCAUAUGGGGUGAGCGAUCCGAGCGAAGAAAGCGACAUCAUCUUCAUUCCAGAUUUAAAUAAAGGGGCAACGUCGCCGCAAUUAACUGGAAAGUCUCAGAGCCAAAGGGAGAUCAAUCGGUCGCGUGGCGAUAAACGCGAGGUUAGUUUCAUCGAGCCAGCUCCGAGGAGCAGAAGCCUUACGAGAGAAGAAGCAGGGACAAACGGGCAAUCUCCUUUCGGAGGACGAUCCUCGUCGGCACAAAGAUUGUCGAUGGAAAGAUCAUCGAGAGUCGACAGUAGAGUCACCUUCGGUCCAGAUACCACGAUACACGUUGAAAGAACCGUACCGCCUGUACCACCGGCUAGGUCGAGAGAUCAUUCCAAAUACGAAAAUCGAUCGGAGAGUCGUACGAUACGACAGGAUAUUACCUCUGGGAAAAUUAACAACGAAUCGCAGGAAGGCUCGGAGAUUAAAAAAAGAGCAACGUCCCCGACAGUUUCAGUUACCGUUGAAACGAAGAAAAGACCAACGUCACCGACGUCCUACGACAACAUAGAGACGGCGAUCUCAGUAUCGCCUAGAAUCGAUUCGAUCGGUCGUCCUUCGUCACUGUCGAGAGAAAGAAGUUUGUCCCCUCUUUCGUUGUCUCUAACUCGAGAGAAUCUCGAGGAAAAGGGUAAUGGGUCACGCUCCCCGCUUCUCCGGCCUAUAUCAAUUUUGAAGAAGCAAAAUGGUUUGACCGAUGACGCCGAUGCGAUGCAAUUGACGGCAUCGCCUAGAGAGAACAACGACAUAUUGCACGAUAGUUCAGAAUUCAUGUUGGUCUUGUAUCCGAAGGAUGAAGCCGAGAAUAAGGAGGAUAAUAAAGGAUUGGGUUUGACAGGACGAGAUACAACGGAGGUGUUAGAAGACGAAAAGGAUUUGGUACCGCCGCCAAUGUCUCUGUCUCUUCCAGAAUUGUUCAGUAGAGAACACGAAGUGAUAGAGAUAAUGCGCGAGGCGGUAAGCUCUACGGAAAUGUUACACGAACGUGCCAUGGAACGUUUUUAUAAAGCCAUGGAAGCUGAGAAAGAGUCGGAAGGCGCGAAGAGAAAGGAAGAAUUGGAGAGAAAAACCGGAGAAUUGGCUUCCAUCGUGAGACAGGAUUUGGAAAUGGGAGGAGCUUGGAAAACCGUGAAAACGUCCUCGGCUCUUCGAAGAAAGCUGUCCAAUUCUGGUGAUGGAACAGUACAAAAUCUGAUCUCCUCUUGGCAAGCUAAGAAAACUCGCAGAAGAUUAAGCGAGGGUCAGGUCGAGGGGGUCUACAAACCUAUGAAGCUUCUUUCGCCGUUGCUCUUACCGGACGUCGAGGCUAGAUCCGAUCCUAAUCUACCUACUGUCGAAGAGACCAUAACUGCAAGACCUUGGAGGAGGAGCAGCGACGAGGAGGGAGCUGAACGUCUGCGCAGAUGGCACGAAACCAACGUGCCUUUGCUCGAGGAAACUUUGGUAGAGAAAUCGAUAGGCUUGGGAGUCGACUCGGGAGUUGAUUCCACCAAUCGGACGAUUUCUCCGUUUCAAGAGGUCGCGUCGGAUAAGCAAGAGGACGAGCGAGUGCAGGAAGAGGAGGAGCGGAUGGAGGAGGAGGAGGAGGAGGAGGAAAGUGUCGAGACGUCGGAAGAAUCGUCCGAAGAAAUGAGCAGCGCCGAUAGCGAAGAUUUGAAAAAUUUGAAGCAAAGAAUUUUGUCGAGACAAGUUAUGGAAGAGGAAGAUACGUAUCAUCCGAGAGGAAGACCAAUCCCGCACUUCGAUAGCUUCGACAAGCCACAUUUUACCGAAUACGGCUUUGAGGCUUCGAUCGCGAAUGAUUCGACGGUUCCAUCGAUUUGGAUUCAACCACCCUUGUCACCUACGAACGUUCAACCGAAGUCGAUCCUGAAGAAACCCAAGGAAGAUGGUACUUUAAGAACGAACGAAUUUGGCAAAGCCGUACCACCUGACAAACCGAUAAGAAAAGUACCACCCGUUAGACAAGAGGAAGCGUCGAAUCCGAGGGAGCUUAAUUUGGCUGAUACUAGUGAGUAUUACGAUACGAUGAAACCCGGCGUCAUGUCGGAAUCAGAUACCGAUAGCGUUUUAUCGGCCGGAGAAGCGGCUAAGAAUCGCAGAAUACAAGCUAAAAUGCGUUCGGCAACGCCCGAAGAGGAGACUUCGAACGAAGCCGACGUCGAAGCAAGAAUGGCAGUCGUCAGUCAUUACACCGAGAUCGUACGUGAACAUUCGUCGAGCCAUAGUACGAGGAUUCAGGAGGAGGGUACCUCGAGACGGGGCUCCUUCUCGGAGUAUCGAAGAAACGAAGGACCGAGUAAGAACAAAGUAUCCGAUAUUAUGACGAGCAAACAGAUUCGAGGGAACGAAGAAGCAUCGUCCGGUGGCGAAGCGAUCGGUAGAAGAAAGAAUAGCGUUGGAUCGCGUGGCACGACCCCUUCCAGAGACACGAGGUCACUGGUCAAAGAGAGAAGAGAGAGCAGAGCUUCUUCGAGAACAAGAUCGCCAAGUUCUAGAUCGAGGAACGUUUCCGUCGAAAGAGGCACUAAUUCGAGAUCGUCUUCGAAAAGCCGAGUACGCGAUCUGUCACGAGAAAGAAACGAUCGACCAGGAUCGAGGACAACGUCGGAGGAACGAGGAUUCGCUAAAGAGAGAUCCGUCGAUCGAAGCUCACGAAAUACAAAAGGUACCUCGAGAUCGAGCUCGCGAGACAGGCAAAGGGCAACUACACCGGCCGAACUUAAGAUCGAACGUUUGCAAAGGGCAUUGGAGAGCAAAAAAUACAGAGCUCAGAAUAGAACUCGAUCGGAUAUCGAUAAAUAUUAUCCGGACUCGUCUUCGACCGAUCGUGCCAAUGACAAACGUCUUGCGCUUCAAGCUCGAAAGACGGUGAAGUCGACGGUCAAUUAUAUAACCGACCUGACGCUUCUUAUGGCCGCCGUUUACGUUUAUCUCUUCAAGAAGGAGACUAUGGCGAUACCCUUUAUCGCCCUUCUUCUUUACAGGCGUAUCCAAGAAGGUAUUCGCGAGCGUAUAUCGGGACCACCACGAUGGGAGGAGGAAGAUCGAAUCCUGGCGGUGCAAGGUCGCGCCGGCGAGGAUAUCGUCGUUCAAAUGAAACUGAAAUCUACGGACGAUACGGACGAUUUGCAACUGGAAUUCAUUCGCGGCGAUCGACCGAUGCCACCGAAUCGGUAUAGACUGCAAAUGAGAGGCAAUAUCGUGCAAUUAACGUUGAAACAGUCGCAAAAGGACGACACUGGCCAAUAUGCUUUGGUAGCGACGAGAAUCGGACAACCCUUUGAGAAAGGAUCAACGCGGAGAAUUCAUCUGCGCGUUGACGAGCCCAGUUACGAGGAAGGCGAACCACCGAUUUUUCUUCGAAGAUUGACGGACCUCGCGGUCAAAGUUGGCACCAGAACGAGAUUCCUCGUAGAAAUUCGAAGCUCGACGAUUCCGAAGGUAACUUGGCACAGAAACGAUCUACCUAUUCAAGCUGGAUCGAGAUUUUCCUUUGUACACGAGGGUAACUUUUACUGCGUCGAUGUUGCACCGGUAAAAGUCGAAGAUCAAGGUAAUUGGACUUGCAUGGCGGAAAAUCAAAGUGGCAGAUCAUCGUGCACGUCGCAUCUCAGCGUCAUUGUGCCGAAAGCCUACAAGAGGCCAGAAUUCGUGGAAGAACUUCGAGCUCUGUUAACGGAAACGGGAACUGUAUCGCUCGAAUGCAAAGUCGUUGGCGUACCAACCCCGGUAUUGAGAUGGUUCAAAGACAACAAGGAGAUCAAGGCCGGCGAUGUUUUCGCUUUAACGGCAAACCCUGACGAUCCUACUUCUUUGGGAAUUUAUACCUGCGAGGCUGACAAUUGCAUGGGGACGGCAUAUUCCUCUUCAAAGGUACACGUCGUUGGUAAAGGUAGCCGAGAGGGUUCGUUAAAGCCAGCGGACACGUUAACGAGUACAGGUCCUCCGCCGGUAUUCAAACGAAUACUCCGGGACGAAUGUUGUAGAAUCGGCGAUUCCGUAACACUCUCGUGUCAAGUUCACGUACCGCCAUGGCCAAAAUCGAUAACGUGGUACAAUCAAGAAGGUCGCAUAGAACCAAACGAAAAGUAUCACGUGAUGGAGGACGGUCUGGGUGGUUAUUCGAUAGAAGUGAAAUUGAUCGAAGCCAUGGACGAGGGCGAAUGGAAGUGCGUCGCAACGAGCGUAGAAAAUGUUAAACAAUUUACGACGUGUCAUGUCGCUGUGAUCAUUCCAAAGAACUACAGGAAACCGCGUUUCAUGGAAAGCUUGAAGGCGGUUCUUACGGAGGAAGGAUUGGUGUCCUUCGAAUGCAAGGUCGUGGGUUUUCCAACUCCCUUGUUGAGGUGGUUCAAGGACGGACAGGAAUUAAAACCAGGAGACGUUUACCAAUUAACAGGGACCAACUCUUUAGGUUCUUAUUGCUGCAUCGCAAGGAAUUGCAUGGGCGAGGCAAAGAGUACCGCGGAGUUGACGAUCGAAGACAUUCAAAAUCAGCUGAAUGAGGAAGAACGUCUUCAACUUUUGACUUCCGAUAAGCCACCAAAGUUCGUCAGAGGUUUAAGGAGUUGCGAGGCAAAGAUCAACGAAGAAUUAUUUCGAUUUACGGUGCAGGUGAGCAUUUCGCCGGAACCAACUCUAUCGUGGUACAGAGACGACGUGGAGGUGAUCGAAGGUGACAAAUUCCGUACUAUUAAGGAGAAUCUUGGCACGUGUCAUCUCGAAGUUCGCCAACUUGAAAUUUCCGAUCAAGCCGAAUGGAAAUGCGUGGCUGCCAACGAUUAUGGGCACAGCGUUACUUCCUGUUAUCUGAAAUUAAUCAUUCCUAAGCAUUACAAAAAGCCAAAAUUCUUGGAAAGUUUGCGGGCAAUACUGUCCGAAGAGGGCGCCGUUAAUUUGGAGUGCAAAGUAAUCGGCGUGCCCCAACCGAUUCUAAAGUGGUACAAAGAUGGGAUGGAAUUGAAGCCAGGCGAUAUACAUAGAAUAAUUACGGGCCAGGAUGGGACCUGCUGUCUGGGAACUUACACGUGCGAAGCUAUCAAUUGCAUGGGUAAAGUCAGCAGUUCUGCCUCCCUUUUAGGUUUCGAAGACAAGAUCAGUGCUCGGAAGGAUACGAAGGAAGACGUGCAAUUGUCGGCGAACGGUCACGAACUGGCAAGAAAUUUGUCACUCUCGACGAUUCACGAAGAGAGGACGUCUCAAUUGUACGAUACCCCGCAAACCGAUCGUUCCGUCACUUUCGACGACAGAGGCGAAGUUUCUUUCAGUUUCGACGGUAAAGAGGUCUCGGUGAGCCUUUACGAAACUCCCGAUCUUACGGAGGAAGAAGCCCUGCAGAUCGUCGAGAUGUAUGCCGAUCAAUUGUCCGAGCACGUCACGGAGCACAACGUUAUCGAAUUGCCACCAAUGAGAUUCGUUAAGGAGAGCUCGACCUCCGGUAAUCUUUUAAUGGAGGCCGUAGUGAUCGACGUUUCACCGGAUUAUUUCGUCAGCGCCGAGGAUGGCGACGAUCUAAGGACGGAAGCGGAUUUCGAGGAUGUCUCGAUCAUGGACGAUCAGACUCGGGUCUUCUCUUCUCCGGACGAGGAAUCUUUGUCGUUGAAGAGAUCGGCCAGAUAUACCUGGGAAGGCGAAGAGAAGCCGCCAAUGAGACCGCCAAGAAAGAAAUCUACGAGCCGGUCCUCGUCUAAAAGCGAAGAGAAGAGCGAGGAGAGAAGUCAGAGAUACGAAUCGGAGAGUUUUCACAGCGCACGAAAAGACGACGAUCGACCGAUAUCACCGCUCUCCUCGGAAAGAUUGGACGACAGCGAUCACAGUACCACCUUCGCCGACGCCCUGUCGUCCGCGCGACUUUCUAUCUCCGAACAAAAUAAACAAAAUAAAUCAGCGAUUCGAGAAAAGGAGGAGAUCAUUGGCGGCGAUAAAACGCCUUUUAGCAGUGACGAUCUCGAGGCAAAGGAGAGGAGGCACUCGCUAAAGAGAAAAGUAAAGAAAGAAAAAAGUACGUCGGAAGAGUCCGCGUCAUCGAUCAUGGCCGAUCUCGACGGUGGCAAGGAGGGGGAGGGGGAGCAGAAGAAGAAGAGGAAGAAGAAGAAGAGGAAGGAGGAGGAGGAGGAGGAGGAGGAGAAGGUAUUGGAUAAAAAGGAUGAAGUUAGUCGGCGUAUCGAAUCGAUCGAUACACGACGAGUCGACGUCGAGGAUUCGUUUGGCAAGAUAAACGACACCGAAAAAGUCUCAACGAUAGAAUCCGACAAGUUGCCGUCGAAGAACAAUAAAGAACGUAUUUUAAAUAAAAUUAAAAGAUUGACAGAACCCGUCCUCGCGAUUCGCGAUUCUUUAGUCGACAUAGAUCGUUAUGAUAAAUUUUUAGAGGUCGAAAGCGAGGAACGAUCGAGAGACAUCGUUUCGGAGGGAAUCGUAAAGCCAAUUCAGACCCUUUGCGAGGAAGUAUCUUCGAUAGAAGCUAAAGCUUUGAAAAAUACGGAGGACAGGUCGUUGGAUCAAACGAUAAGGAUAUCUCUGUUGGAAGGUAUCGGUGGACCAACCGAAGAACUUCUUCGUGGAAUCGAAUUGAUAGAUCGUCAGCGAAGCUUCAAAGGCCAAAGACAGGACGUAAUAGCGAUUCUAGAGUCCUUGACCGAUCCGGUCGACGAGAUUCUAAUGGGUCUCACCAAAAUCGAGUACGAAUUGACUGGCAAAGCGAAAGGCGAAAAACCGGUGUCUUUUCUUCGAAUGUCCCGUGCCGUUUCACGACUAGACGAAAGUUUGAAGAGCCUUUCCAAGGAGGAAAGAGAACCGGUUAAAUUGCUAUCGUUUUUAGAUAAGCUCGUAAACACAUUGAACUUAUUCUUGCAGGAUGUUUCGAUAAAUCCAAUGACGGGUACGAUAGAGACGGUGGAUACGGUCCUCGUAGAGUCUCUGUCGAGAUCCAUCGAGGAGACUGUCGGAGCGAUUAAUCGGACGGAAUCGAGCAUCGAACGACGUCCAAACGACGGAGGAGUUUCUCGGCUAACCAAACGGCUAUUGCAGCCUACUCAGGAAUUAAAGGCCAAGCUGGAUACGUUGACUGUCGCGUUAGAAAGUUAUGAAAGUAAGGGUGACGUUAUUAUGGAACAUCGUGCCGAAUUAAUAAUCUCUUUAAGAGAGUCCGUGAACGAUGCACUCGCGGAAAUUCUCGAUCUUCAAGAAAAAAUAAGGAUAGAAGAGAAAACAGAGGAAUACGAUGCGUUAAGAUCGGACAAUAGCUAUCUCGAAGAAAGCGCGUACGUAUUUGGGGAUACGCGAUUGGCUCUUCGGGAAGCUCUUGAAAUUUACGAGACGAUAUCUGGCUCGUUGGAUCCUCGAUUCGCGGCCGUUUUCGAUGAAAUUAAGGGGACGUAUGAAAAGUUAUGUCUAAAGGGAAAGGAAGUAAAUGCCGUCGAAACGCUGCUCGGUAUGGAAGAACAAUUGAAUGUUCUACGAGAUGCCUUAACGGACGCGUCGACCAUCAAAGAUUCGGUCAACGUCUUGAAACUUUUAGCUCCGUCCGUAAGUCGAUUGACCGUCGCCGCGAGAUCGCUAUUAAGUCUCUCGUCCGUCGUGCAACCGAUCCUAUCGAUAUGCUCGAAUAUCGACGAUAUUGUUCAAGGACACGACGUAAGUCGAGAAAGCGAAAAGACGCGAUCGUCGUCGGCUCGAGGGGCGACAACGUUGUCGGAAAAACUUCUUGAUCCGUUGAUAGAGAUACAGACGACUCUGAGCGCAGCCAUUCAGGACUUGGAGGAUAUUAGAUCGGCCGUAAACGGUGGCACCGUUCAAGAACGCAUACUCAUGACGCAUGAUUUUUCGUCGAUCUUGACAGAUCUAAGACAAUGUAUAUCCGAUGCGGCACACGCGGCCAUGUCCUCGAACGAAAGCGAAAUGUUUCAUUGUCUGGCGGACGUCAAGGAGCCACUGUUGGAUCUUCGAGUUAUGCUAGCGUCGAAGGACGAAAGCGCUUUCGCGGGAAUGGGCAUGCUGAAGGAAAGAUUAUCGACGUCGAUUGUUAGAUUGCAAGACGCUAUUACGAUGAUUUUAAUUGAUCCUUCGUCAUCGAACGUCACCGUUAAAUCGAUAAAAACGAAAGCGAAAAAUAUCUUGGAGAUAUUGAAGGGAAUUCAAGUGGUAAUACCGAAGGUGCCCGAGGAAAUCGCAAUGGGUACUAUUUACGAUCGCCAAUUGGAAGAUCUCAAAGUUGACGAAAAAUUAGGUAGCAUUAAUUAUUCUCUGACGUCGGUUCUGGAGAACCAAAGGAAAAUCACGGUUUCGUCGUUAUUGGCCGACUCCAUCGAAGCAUUGCAGGAGAAUGUUGCGAGUUCUGCCGUAGCAAUCGCUACCAUGAAAACACCAAAGGACAACGAGAAGAUAGCGAAGGAGGUGACGAGAUUGGGAAAGCCUUUGUUGAUUUUGCAACGGGCAUUGUUGACCGAAGAUCACAAGGCCGAGGAAGAAGUGAUAUUGAACGAUUUGAUAAAUCCCAUCGGUAGAUUAAAAAAACUGAUGGAGGAUAUUGCAAAGGCUGCCAAGUCGUCGAUAGAAAUUAUUCCCUUGUUAGAGCUGUUGGAGGAAAUAGAAAAAGACGUAAUCUUAAUUGCCAAAGAAACUUCAAAGAGAAAGGGUAAAUCGACGAUAAGCCGCGAGGAAAAGGCAUCGUCGAGGUUACUGGCCGAUACCAUAGGUCGUUCGUUAGAUCCCAUAAGAGGUUGGCUGUCGUCUACGUCCUACGAGCAGGACAGUACAGAAGCGUCCGGUCUAAGCUCAUCGGUCGACGAACUUAAACGAGACGUUACGAGAAUCGCCAUAGAAACGUCUUACUCGGAGCCACCGAACGAUCGUAGCCUGAUCGAGGCGCUGGCCGAACUUCGGGAACCUUUGAUGCGAUUGAAAAAUGCGAUCGCAAUAUACCACGAACCUGAAGAUCUUUCAGCUCUGGAAACGUUGAGCCGACCAAUGAGAUACCUUUUGAAGACCGUAACGCGCGUUUUGGAGGAUCACGCGGCUGAGGAAUCGCUUCGUUUGAUUUUGGAUAUCGUCGAAGAGAUAGAGAAUCAGAUACCUAUUUCUAUCAAGGAAGCCCUUUAUAAAAGGGAACUACGGCAGGUUGUCCAGACGUUGGAAGAUAAUAACGAGGAGGAAACGUUGAACGUGACUCGAGAAACCGCCGAUGGUAUCGUCGAGACGGAAGAGACGGUUAAGACUAGGACCGAGCUCGAUGAAGAAAAAAGUGAUCGAAGUGCGACCUGGGAAGUACGACCGAAGGACGACAUAAUUACGAAGAACUUUAUAUCUUCGCUAUCUAAAAUGCUUGAAAACGUUCAAUUGGAAGUUACCGGUAUUAUCGAGGAUUUGGAGGAACCUACGACAGGAAUAAUGACGAUUCCGCAAACAAAAUUGAGCACUGCCCUUGAAGAAUUUUGCAAAAUGAUCUCGACGGUACGAAUGGCCUUGUCCAAUUACGAUGAACAAGUUCUUCCCAGUUGCGACGAGAUUGUUACAGGUGAACCACUUUCGAUGAUCAAUCAUUUAUUAAAACCUUUGAUUAUGAUCGAGGAAGCUCUUAAUACGUCUGAGGAAUUAGACGUCGCGGAGCUUUCGAUUUUGAAUCGUCUUAAACGGCCGUUAGAAGACACGGAGUUAUAUAUUCUGCAACCAAGUAUGGAAAUAAGCGGUAACGAUCGUUCGAGGGAAAAGUUCGAGCAACUUAUUCGUGUAUUGGAAGAAACGAAAGCUAGGAUACCCAUUGCUAUGAAAGAAGUAAGCUCGAGGAAAGAGAUUUUGGGAUAUCUCCGGGACAUAUCGAAACCUUUGGAAAGUAUUCAGGAACAAAUGAGAGGCCUCGAAGCGAUACCCGAGGAGACAUUGGAAAAAGACGUUGCGAAAAUUCUCGUAGAACCGAUAGAUUCGUUACUACGAGCCGUUAAUACGAGCUCCCACCAAACUCGAAUCCCCGAUCAACGUAAGGAGGUAAUAAAGGAGAUGAGGAAGAUGACCGGCCCGUUGGUAGAGUUUCUCAGUUGUCUCUCGGUAGUCAAAAGUAGCCGAAAAAGUUUAGUUCCGGUGGCAGCGUUGCUCGAUGAAAGGAAAAACGUCAUUUUGAAAGCCGUCGAGGAACUUCGGCUCGAGAUAUGCGAUAUUCUUGAAAAAAUAAAAACCAUCGAGGACGAUGCCUUUUUCGAGGUAUCGUUGAUAUCGUUGAACGAUGCCAUUAUGUCCGUUCGAAAUCAGGUGGAAAGGGCAGACUAUACGCCAAGACCGAGCAGCACGAGCAUACAUUUUCAAAAUUGUUUCAUCGGAUCGUUGAAUCGAUUGGGAGAUACGAUCGAUGCUCUGGAAACGGAAGGAACGGAAAAGUUGCCUGAGGGGAUUAUCGCGAAAUCAUUGGAGCCUCUUAAGAAACAAAUAUCUUUGUCCCGAUCUCAAUUUUCUCAAACUUCCGAUCAAUUCGUCGACGAAGAAGUCAUCGUCGAAGGAUUUUUAUAUCCGACGAAUCAGCUCCGAUCGGCGCUCGGUGCUCUGAAGGAGAGCAUAGAGAAUGGCGUAAUGCCGCCAUUUACAAGCGCCUCCUUAGGAUUGCUUGAAAAUUUGGCCGAUUCGAUCGCCGAUCUGGCACAUUCAUUGUCCUCUCAUCGAGCGGGCUUAAUUGGCGAGGGCGCGUCUGAAGGUUCCUCCAUCGUAGAGACUUUUUCCGCUGCCUUGGAGGUUUUAGAGAACGUUAAAACUUCCAUAAAGGGCAUUCGCGAUAUGACGGUUGAUAGAAAAGAGACGGACCCGAUAAUAGAAUCGACGAUGGACAAGGAAUACGAGGAAAAAAUUGUCGGAACGACGAUUGAACUUAAACUGGCGGACGAGAGUGUGCCAGAGGGGGAAAGAAUUCCAGCGAAGACGGAAGAUCGGCCUGAGAAAGACGAAGAGAAAAAGAGAAACGAAUCGCAGUCGGGAACGAUAUCUCGUAUGAGUUUGCCUGACGAAGGAAUCGAGCUAGAAGCAAAAUCUCAGCAAUUAGUUCAACCGGAGAAAGAAGAAGAGACAAGUGGGAUUAAUGUCGACAAAAGCGUUAUUAAAGAGAACGAUGAAUCGGGGGUAAAGUUGACGCUCGAAGAGCGGAUCGAUGAAACGUUUGAAAAAGAACGCGACGGAGCGAUUAGGGUAGAAGUAAAGGAUGAAAAUCGAUUGGCGGCAGGACCGAGGGAAGAAGAAAGUCAUGAAAUGAAAUUGGAAGGGAAAACUAAGGAGAUAGUCGAAGCAAAUGAUUCCGGUGAAAUUCGGACGAUUGAGAAAAUCCCGAGCGAAGAGAUCAAAGAAAUUUCUUCGGAAAUAUCCGAGAAAUCGGCCGAACAUCCGUCGAAGGACGAAGAAGAGUCCAAAUCGAAGAGUCCGAAACCGAAAACUGUCGUAAACGUCGUAGAAACUGUCGUUGUCGACGAGAUCGUUGAAAUAACUAAAGAGGAAGUAGAGAGUGUAAUGAAGGUCGUUGAAGAAACUUUACCGGCCGGCUUGGAUACGCCCCGACGAGAUACGUCGAACGGAGAAAUGCCGACGAAGGAAUCGAUUUCUCGAAAUUCGAGCGAAUCACGAUCUUUAGGGGAAAAUGCGUUAACCCGAAAGGACGUUAAACCGGACGAACAAACGAGUAACGUGAUAAACGCUGACGCCGAAACGGUGAAAGCUAUUGAAAGUAUAGAAAAGGAAUUCGCAGAAACGCCUGAGAGCGUACAAGUCGAUAGAAAUGCGGAAAUAAUCAAACGAAUAGUCACGACCAUGAGAACGCUAGAAACGCCUAUGAAAGAGUUAACCAAAUUUAUAAAUUCGGCGAAGAAGGAACCGCUGACCGUUAAGUCCGAGGAAGAAAAUAGAAAAAUACGAGAAUUAACGGCUUUGAUACAGAUACUGAAUGAUUUACGAGCGACGAGCGUUUCCAUACGUUGCUCGCCCGCAUUUUCCGCAUACUCCAACUCCGAAGAUCUAUUUUCAAAUAUAAUCAAUUCCGUGGAUACUAUGGAACGAGCUACGGCUAGUAUUCUUAUUUUGACGCAGGAACAUCUUGUACCCGAACUCAAAGAAAAAUCGCUCCUAGCCCUGAGAAAUCUCGCGAACCCUUUGGAGUCGAUAGAGAAAUCAUUUUCGGCAGUACUGCAAGUCGAAGGAAUAUCGAGAUUAACGACGGAGGAAAGGAAGGUAUUAUCAAUGGCAAUGGGGGAUCUCGUCGGGAUCAUUUCCAUUCUUAAAGAAACCGUUUGCUCUAUCGAUAACGAUGCGAAAUCGGUAACGAUCGCGAAACCGGCCGAAAUCGAAGGAGCUAACGGAACGGAACCAUCCAGAGCGGAAAUGCUCUUUGGCAAUAUACAAGCGAGUAGUCCGAAGGAGGAGGCUCAACGGAAUGAUGCCCCAACGAAGGAAGAGAUAAUACGCGAAACUGUAGAAACUCUGGAGAAAGUCAGAGAAGACGAAGAUGCUUGUACGCCAAUCGACGAGGUAGAAAAAUCGUCGACGCUUGCUACGACGGACGUGCAACGAUCGGUGAUCCUCGGUGAAGCCGAAGACGUAGGCAACGAAAGAACAAUGUUUCUAGAAGCUAAACAAGAUUUUCAGGAACAACGCGCAGCCGUUACCAUCGAGCAAAAAGAACCUCUCUCGAUCUCGAUCCAAAGUAUGUACGUUAAAUACAUCGAGAAUGUUAUCGAACCGAUUCAGGAAUUACGAGGAUCUCUUUCUCAAAUGAAGGAAGGACAAGUCGCGUUGGUCCAUCAUCCUUUGGAAGAGUUGGAAGAAUCGCUGCGACAGUUGAAGACAGGGCAUGAAAGGGCAGGAGAAGGGUCGUCGCAACGAGCAAACGUCACAUCGCUUUUCGAGGAAUUGGAAAAAUCAAUAGCCACGAUCGAACUAGGGAUAAAGUGCGCCUCGAUUCCUUUGGAGAUUGCGACGGUGGAGUUAUCUCUGAAAAAAUUACAAACUUCAACUGCGACGUUGCGACAGGUCUUCGAUAGGAACGUCGAAUCGCAAAAAAUAAUCGAAGAGGAUCGAAGUCAUGUUCCGUCGAAAGAUAAUAAGGAUGUAGAAUGUGCGAAGUACGUGCGGACGACGCCACCCGUUCAGGAGUUGCGAGAAGCAAUCAUGGAUUUAGCAAAGUCAGAGAUCGAAGAGACGGGUACUUUGGAGGAGACUGGAAUUGCAUUCGCAUUAACCAAAUGGAUCGAACCGUUGGAACAAUUGGAAAAUACAUUUUUCUCCAUUCUUGACGAACGAUUAGACGUUCCGUUUAAAGAAUCAUCGUCCGUAACGACGACAUUAGAAGACUUGAAAACGUUCGUACAUUGUACCCAAGAAUGCCUUGCGAUCGGUCAAAAGAAAUUGUCUUCGAUCGAGGAUACCAAAAGUCUCGCGUUAAUGCGAAAGGCUGUCGAAUCUCUGGAAGAUCUCGAAACGUCCAUAGAGAUAGUUCGUCGUUCGUCGAUUGACGUAAAAGAUGCCAACGAACGGCUUUCGUACAUCGAAAACGUUCCGAUCUCGGUUUUGCAAAAUUUGGCAAAGGCCGUAGAGGAAGUUAAGAGAGACUGUACCGUUAUAUUUCUCGAACCGAAAGUCUUAGCAGCGCUUGAUGCAGUAUCCGGUAAAACGACGCCGUUAAUGGAAAACGUAGCGAUGCUCGAGGAUGUUAUAACACCGGUUCGCCUUUUGCAAGAAUCUAUAGCAACGAUCGAACAAGGUAAAAUUUACGAAGCCGAAGAAUUAAAAGGCGCGGAAGAGACGAAGCCCGUAAGUCUGUUGAGUACACUCGUCGAUCCGUUGCAACGAUUGGAAAAGAUAUUCGUUGUUGCUACGCAGAGAGAACGAGCUAUCACAGAGGAAACUGUCGAUCUCCCGGAAAGCGAGGAAAGAGCGGAAAUAUUGUCCCUUUCACCGAUACUCGAAGAAAUGGACAAAAGUUUGGCGACUAUACAAGAGCAAGUAACGUUGGAAGGAGGAACAGAGAGCACGCCUAAGAGCGAUGAAAAUAUAUCGCAGUUGGUGCGAACGAUGGCCAAGCCGUUGGUCGAAUUAAGGGCCUCCAUAGCGGCCAUUCAGAAAGUUGAAGAGAUGGCGACCGAGCACAAUUUGCACGAACUAUCCGAUAUGGAAAACGUAAAUGCAUUGGAGACAUUUGCAAAGUCCUUGUACGAAUUGGCAGAAAGAAUCGCCGUAAUUGAUGAACAACGAGCGAUCUUCGAGACUGCGGCCGACGCAAUGUCCGAAGGUGCAUCUUCGUUGAAAACAUGGGCGGACGUAGCGGAAGACGAGUCUUCUCCUGUGAAGGUAACGCGAGCGAUGACGAUAGACCAAGGCACCGUCGAAAGUCCCACCGAGGCUGCUUCUCCCUUUUCCGAGGAAGAGGACGCUAUCCUGAGGACUCUUGCGAAGCCGCUCGAGGAAUUGCGAGAAUUCUUGGCAUUGAUCGUCGAAGAACGAAGGACGACCGAGACGACGUCGCCUAUGAUCCCAAAAGAGGAUCCUACCUUGAUGAAGUCCAUUGCGAGGCCAUUGUUAGAACUGAGAAACGUCGCCGCUAUGGUAAUCGAGGAAAAACUGGCUAUCGAAUCGGCGAGAGAGAAAGACGCAUUCGGCGAAGAUGGAGGUUCGGCGAUGUCGAUCGAUCCUCUCAUACAGCCUCUCGAAGAAGUUUGCAAUUCGAUCGCGAUCAUUCAGGAUCAAGUGCCCAUCGAAACCUUGCAGGAGGAACGUCCCUUUGAGAAUGAAUUAGCAUUGUUGAGUGUACUGGCCGAACCUUUGCUCGAUCUUCAAAGGUGCAUUAUGGUGCUGGAAGAACGAGUUAUAUCGCCGGACAUUGAGCCGUUGCCUCAAGAAUUGUCUAAACCCAACUGGACGACGAAGGAAUGCGUGGCGGUCGCGACGUUGCAAGAAAUGGAAAAGUCGAUAGGCGAAAUUUGUGAACGUGUCACCGCCAUUCAAGCGGACACGGUCAAAGUGAACGAACCGAGUAAAAUUACCACGCAGGACCGAAUUAUCAUUGAUAAAUUGAUAGAACCGGUCGAAGGUAUCAUAUCUAUGAUAUCGAACGUUCGAGAGGAAAUGAUGCCCCUUGAACGUCGAAUCGAAUAUCAAGCAUUGAAGACGCUCCUCGAGCCGCUCAAAGCCGUUUCCGUCAGCUUUUCUCUUCUACGAGACGAAGCCAACAUAAAUAUCGGCCAAGAGGAAGCAAACGUCGAAAUAAUCGUCGAGUCUCUUUCAAAUUUGGAGAGAUGCAUUUCUAUCGUGGAGGAGCAGGCGAUUGAUAAGCCACUUGUCGAUCCAUUAUAUGGCUCGGAAGUUGAUAAAACCGUUAUAAGUGCCUUGAGAUUGCCGUUAGUCGAAUUAAAACGGUCCAUUUUAAAGGUGGAGGAUAGCCCGACCGAGUAUCUUCGAAACUUGGAAAAACCAUUAAUAAAUCUUCGUGCAACCUUAGAAACGAUAUCAACGGAUCAAGAAAAUACAACGGCAGUUCAUCGGCAUACAUUACCAUCUGUAGAAAUGACAAAACUAUCGAUCAAGCUAAUAGACGCCAUUGUAGGUAUUAACGAGUCCGUUGAGAGCGUAGAACAUAAGAUACGAGAUCAAAUAGAACGAGCUAAUAUCGACAGAAGCACUGAAUGCGAAAAAUUAAAAGUGUUCAAUGAGACUCUUCAAGAUUUGAAAAAAUGUAUGGUGAAGAUACAAGAAGAAGGUACGCUCGAAAAGGGACCGAUAAUGGCGUCGCUAAGUAAAAUCCAUGAAUCCAUUGCUUUCGUUAGAAAGCAGCAUCGAUCAGAUCCACAAUUUACAGAUAUUUGCGAGCAUCAGACGAUCCUUCAACCGUUAUCUCAACAUUUCGAUAGGUUGAACGAUACCAUUGCGUCCAUAAAAGGAAAGAAGACGGAAGAUGUGGCGAGCGAACAUUUAGAGACACUAGAAAAGCCCCUCCGUAAUCUGCGCAAUAGUCUCAACGAUUUGCGCGAUAAAUUAUUAACCGGAGAAAUUCUUUGGAUGACUGAUCUUAGGAUAGAAUCGAGUCAACAAAAUGAUACGGACGAACAAAAAGACGAUAAAAUAAAAGAUACCCAAAGUGAGGAACAACCACGGGAAAAAGAGGAAACGGAAGAUAAUCUAAAAAAAGACGAAACUGAGAAAUGCGAACGUCAAAAGGAAGAACGUGAACAAAGGGAGGAAUUUGAGAAACAGAUGUGCGAGGAAGAAGAACGCGCGAACAAAGAAGAAACUGAGAAAGUGAAAGUCGCGGAAGAUGAGCGGAAAAGGAAAGAGGAGAAUGAAAAAUUGAAACUCGCGGAAGAGGAUGGUAAAAAGAGGGAAGAAGCUGAAAAACUGAAACUCCAAGAAGAGGAACGAUUAAAGAAAGAGGAAACUGAGAAACGGAUACUUGAGGAAGAAGAACGUAAAAAGAAGGAAGAUGAUGAGAAACUAAAACUCGAGGAGGAGGAACGAAAAAAGAAAGAGCAAGCUGACAAACUGAAACUCGAGGAAGAUGAACGAAAGAAGAAGGAGGAAGCUGAGAAGCAGAAACUCGAGGAUGAGGAACGUAAGAAGAAAGAGGAAGCUGAGAAACUGAAACUUGAAGAAGAAGAAGAGCGUAAGAAGAAGGAGGAAGCUGACAACCUGAAACUCGAGGAAGAUGAACGUAAGAAGAAGGAGGAGGCUGAGAAGCUGAAACUCAAAGAGGAGCAGGAACGAUUAAAGAAAGAGGAAGAUGAGAAACUGAAGCUCGAGGAGGAGGAACGUAAGAAGAAGGAGGAAGCUGACAAACUGAAACUCGAGGAAGAGGAACGUAAGAAGAAGGAGGAGGCUGAAAGAUUUAAACUCGAAGAAGAAGAGCGUAAAAAGAAAGAGGACGCUGAAAAACUGAAAUUCGAAGAAGAAGAGCGUAAGAAGAAGGAGGAAGCUGAGAAACUGAAGCUCGAAGAGGACAAGCGUAAAGAGAAGGAGAAGACUGAGAAAUUGAAACUCGAAGAAGAAGAGCGUCAGAAGAAGGAGGAAGCUGAGAAACUGAAGCUCGAGGAGGAGGAGCGCAAAAAGAAGGAGGACGCUGAAAAAAUGAAACUCGGAGAAGAAGAGCGUAAGAAGAAGGAGGAAGCUGAAAAAUUGAAACUCGAAGAAGAAGAGCGUAAGAAGAAGGAGGAAGCUGAGAAAUUGAAACUCGAGGAAGAUGAACGUAAGAAGAAAGAGGAAGCUGAUAAACUGAAGCUCGAGGAGGAGGAGGGCAAAAAGAAGGAGGAGGCUGAAAAAUUGAAACUCGGAGAAGAAGAGCGUAAGAAGAAGGAGGAAGCUGAAAAAUUGAAACUCGAAGAAGAAGAGCGUAAGAAGAAGGAGGAAGCUGAGAAAUUGAAACUCGAGGAAGAUGAACGUAAGAAGAAAGAGGAAGCUGAUAAACUGAAGCUCGAGGAGGAGGAGGACAAAAAGAAGGAGGAGGCUGAAAAAUUGAAACUCGAAGAAGAAGAGCGUAAGAAGAAGGAGGAAGCUGAGAAAUUGAAACUCGAGGAUGAGGAACGUAAGAAGAAGGAGGAAACUGAGAAACUGAAGCACGAGGAGGAGGAGCGCAAAAAGAAGGAGGUGGCUGAAAAAUUGAAACUCGAAGAAGAAGAGCGUAAGAAGGAGGAGGAAGCUGAAAAAUUGAAACUCGAGGAUGAGGAACGUAAGAAGAAGGAGGAAACUGAGAAACUGAAAUUCGAAGAAGAAGAGCGUAAGAAGAAGGAGGAAGCUGAGAAGCUGAAACACGAGGAUGUAGAACGUAAGAAGAAGGAGGAAGCUGAGAAAUUGAAACUCGAGGAUGAGGAACGUAAGAAGAAGGAGGAAGCUGAGAAACUGAAGCUCGAGGAGGAGGAGCGCAAAAAGAAGGAGGAGGCUGAAAAAUUGAAACUCGAAGAAGAAGAGCGUAAGAAGAAGGAGGAAGAUGAGAAACUGAAGCUCGAGGAGGAGGAACGUAAGAAGAAGGAGGAAGCUGAGAAACUGAAACUCGAAGAAGAAGAGCGUAAGAAGAAAGAGGAAGCUGAGAAACUGAAACUUGAAGAAGAAGAAGAGCGUAAGAAGAAGGAGGAAGCUGAGAAAUUGAAACUCGAGGAUGAGGAACGUAAGAAGAAGGAGGAAGAUGAGAAACUGAAGCUCGAGGAGGAGGAACGUAAGAAGAAGGAGGAAGCUGAGAAACUGAAACUCGAAGAAGAAGAGCGUAAGAAGAAAGAGGAGGCUGAAAAAUUGAAACUCGAAGAAGAAGAGCAUAAGAAGAAGGAGGAAGCUGAGAAAUUGAAGCUCGAGGAGGAGGAGCGCAAAAAGAAGGAGGAGGCUGAAAAAUUGAAACUCGAAGAAGAAGAGCGUAAGAAGAGGGAGGAAGCUGAAAAAUUGAAACUCGAGGAUGAGGAACGUAAGAAGAAAGAGGAAGCUGAGAAGUUGAAGCUCGAGGAGGAGGAGCGCAAAAAGAAGGAGGAGGCUGAAAAAUUGAAACUCGAAGAAGAAGAGCUUAAGAAGAAGGAGGAAGAUGAGAAACUGAAGCUCGAGGAGGAGGAACGUAAGAAGAAGGAGGAAGCUGAGAAACUGAAACUCGAAGAAGAAGAGCGUAAGAAGAAAGAGGAAGCUGAGAAACUGAAGCUCGAGGAGGAGGUGCGCAAAAAGAAGGAGGAGGCUGAAAAAUUGAAACUCGAAGAAGAAGAGCGUAAGAAGAAGGAGGAAGAUGAGAAACUGAAGCUCGAGGAGGAGGAAUGUAAGAAGAAGGAGGAAGCUGAGAAACUGAAACUCGAAGAAGAAGAGCUUAAGAAGAUAGAGGAAGGUGAGAAACUGAAACUUGAAGAAGAAGAAGAGCGUAAGAAGAAGGAGGAAGCUGAGAAACUGAAACUUGAAGAAGAGGAACGGAAAAAGAAAGAGGAAGCAGAGAAGCUGAAACUCGAGGGUGAGAAACGUAAGAAGAAGGAGGAGGAAGCUGAGAAAUUGAAACUCGAGGAGGAGGAGCGCAAAAAGAAGGAGGAGGCUGAAAAAUUGAAACUCGAAGAAGAAGAGCGUAAGAAGAGGGAGGAAGCUGAAAAAUUGAAACUCGAGGAUGAGGAACGUAAGAAGAAGGAGGAAGCUGAGAAGUUGAAGCUCGAGGAGGAGGAGCGCAAAAAGAAGGAAGAGGCUGAGCAACUGAAGCUCGAAGAAGAAGAGCGUAAGAAGAAGGAGGAAGCUGAGAAACUGAAACUCGAAGAAGAAGAGCGUAAGAAGAAGGAGGAAGCUGAGAAGCUGAAACACGAGGAUGUAGAACGUAAGAAGAAGGAGGAAGCUGAGAAAUUGAAACUCGAGGGUGAGGAACGUAAGAAGAAGGAGGAAACUGAGAAGCUGAAGCUCGAGGAGGAGGUGCGCAAAAAGAAGGAGGAGGCUGAAAAAUUGAAACUCGAAGAAGAAGAGCGUAAGAAGAAGGAGGAAGCUGAGAAAUUGAAGCUCGAGGAUGAGGAACGUAAGAAGAAGGAGGAAGCUGAGAAGCUGAAACACGAGGAUGAAGAACGUAAGAAGAAGGAGGAAGCUGAGAAACUGAAACUCGAAGAAGAAGAGCGUAAGAAGAAGGAGGAAGCUGAAAAAUUGAAACUCGAAGAAGAAGAGCGUAAGAAGAAGGAGGAAGCUGAGAAAUUGAAGCUCGAGGAUGAGGAACGUAAGAAGAAGGAGGAAGCAGAGAAGCUGAAACUCGAGGAUGAGGAACGUAAGAAGAAGGAGGAAGCUAAAAAACUGAAUAACGAGGAGGUAGAACGUAAAAAGAAGGAUGAUGAAAAUGAGUUGAAUCAUGGGGAGGAAGAGAGGAAGAAGGUGGAAAUGAAGCAGAUAGGAAGGCAAAUAGAGGGCGAAGGAAAGAUGAAGUCGAAGGACGAACGGAUGAGAUUGGAACGCGGAAUGAAUGAAGAGGAAGAAAAAAUAAUGGAAAGUGAAGAAGAUGAGAGAAGGCGGAAACGUAAGGAACGUAGAAGGGCCGAAGAGGAAGAGAUGUUACGAAUAGAAGGAGCUGAUAGAUUAAGAUCGGAAGAGGAGCGGAGGAAAAGGAAAGAAGAAGCGGAGCAAAGUAGAAAGGAUCGAGAAGAAAGAUUAAAGAUGCAAGAGAUGGAACGUUUGGAACGUAAAAGGGCCGAAGAACGACAGAGAAAGGAAGAUUUUGGACGUAUGAGAAAGGAAGAGGAAGAAAGAACGAUUAGAAGGGAACAGGAGAGGCAAGUUAGACGCGAGGAAAGCGCGAGAUUGCUCAAGGAGGAAGAGGAUCGAUUGAGACGGAGACACGAGGAGGAAUUAUCCGCUAUAAAUAAAAGACGACGAGAUAGGGCGAGGGAUGAGAAUUGGUCGAGACUAAGGGAGAACGAAUCCGAUAGAUUUUUGAAAAGUUUAGACGACGUAAGAAGUAGGAGUAGCAGAUUAUCGAGAAUCUCUCCCGAUCGAAGAAGCAGAUCUUAUCGCGUUGAUUCUGACUUACAAUUAGACUCGACUCUUUCGGACUCAUCCAGAUCGUACAGUUGGCGAGAAUCUCUUGCUUCCUCUGGUAGAAGAAGCAUCGACGAUUACAUGGACUACAAAUUACACGAGAGCUCGUUAAACAGAUCUCUGUACGACAUUGGGUCUUAUUAUGGAACAAGAAGACGAAGAGAAGAACGCAUCAACAGAGCAAGGUCGAUCAGCUUGUUAAAAUACGACGAGUAUUACAUGGGCGACACCGAUUCUACCGUUUCUUAUAGCUCAUCGAGUAAGCCUCCUAGAUGUGGUAGAAUAAAGAUUCCUUCUCACAUCGAGUAUGAUGAUCUCGAUACGAUUAGUUUUGAUAGUAUCAUGCGAGAUAAAGGAAAGAAACCGUCGUUCUGUACACGCCUUACGAACAGAACGGUGGGCGAAGGUAUGAGAACGAGAUUAACGUGCACCGUUUUGGGAAACCCCGAACCACGCGUUUACUGGAGAAAGGAUGGCCAAGAAUUAUCUCCUACGUCGAAUAAAUAUCAAACACGAUUCGACAAUGGCAUGGCUUAUUUUGAAUUGAAGGAAGCUCACGUUGAGGACUCCGGCGUAUAUACCUGUAUCGCAGAAAAUAUUCACGGAUCCACGUCGACCGAGUCAACUUUAAAAGUCUACAGAGACUUUGUGCAACCAUUAUCACCGCCGACAUUCACGAAAUCCAUCAAAGACACAUAUCGGCAUUCUAAUCACGAAUUGGUGUUAGAAUGUCGAGUCCGUGGAUAUCCAUGCCCUACGAUUUCCUGGUUGAAGGAUGGAAAAGUACUCGACGAUGGUAGAUAUAUUCGAAAGUAUUUAGACGAUGGUAUUCAUCGAUUGGAAAUAUCGAAUCCCGAUACUUCGGACAGUGGACGUUACGUUUGCAGAGCGACGAACGAAAUGCAAUCCACUGAAAUGUCGCAUAUUGUACACUUUGAAGGACGAGAUCAGAGAUCUGCUCGUAAACGUGGCCGGAUCACGGAGGACGACGUCGAAGCGUCGAGGAGGCCUCGCUUUUCAAAUUUUUUAAGCGAUCACAGUGUACCUACCGGUGGUACUAUUGCUCUUCAAGUCGAAGUCAAAGGAAUGCCGGCGCCGGAAGUUAGAUGGUUGCACGGAGAACGAAAAGAACCGAUUUCAAUAUCAAAAGCAAAGACCUUCGCAGAAUCUGGCGUACAUACUCUGAUUGUCCCUGAAGCGACGGAAUCCGAAAGAGGUACUUACAUCUGCAGAGCGGUGAACGCUUACGGAUACGUUGAUACAGCUGCUACGAUCGAAAUAAUAUCUCCUGGGGCGAUCGAUGGUGGAAAACCGGCAAUGUUCGUUUCUAGACCUUCGGAAAAAUCAAUUGCUGUGGCUAUCGGGGAAGACGUCAGUGUAUCUUUCAGGAUGACCGGUGUUCCGAAACCUCGAGUAACAUGGAUGAAAGGUAUAAAAGAUAUUACGGAUGGUCCGCGAUCGUACAAAGAAGGUAUCGAUGACUACGUUAGAUUGACUUUGAAAAGAGCGAUACCAUCCGACGAAGGUACUUAUUGCAUUUUGGUGAAGAAUCGAUAUGGAUGCGAUAGGAGUUUCUUCUCGAUCUGGAUUAAGCAAAGAGCGAGAUCUCUAACACCGUUACCCGGCGACUGGAGUCGCUCUGACGCAGGAAGCAUUCAAAACGAGGAUGAAUUGUCUUACGUUAAAGAUGUCCCUGGACCAAUCAGCAGCGAGCCAGUUGUCGUCGAUGGUGGAAGAAAUUGGUUGUCCUUGAGUUGGGGCAAGGCCGAGAGGAGAGGACCAGCUCCGGUCAUCGCCUAUAAGGUUGACGCAUGGUUGAUGGGUGGGGACGGUGGUGCUCGUUGGGUCGAGCUGGGCAUCACACCGAUAAACGCCAUAGAUGCGUUCAAUCUUCGUCCAGGCGGAGAAUAUAGAUUUCGCGUAACCCCGCGAAAUCGAUAUGGAUGGGGCGAAUCCGUGACGACGUCGAAUUCCUUCACGGUCAGCGAAGUCGUUGAUCUUCCAGAAUUCAUCAAAAUUCUUCCUGGCCAGUUGAAGGCUCUUGAGGGCUCGACCAUCAAAUUGGAAUGCGAGAUUCGCGGAGAACCAAAUGUAAAUAUCAAAUGGUAUCGUGAAACGGCCGAGAUUGAUCCUAACAACGAUUCGCGAUAUUCCAUCGGUAGGAGAGGUUUAAGGUCCUCUCUUACCAUAGAUACGAUAAAGGAAGAUGAUUCAGGCAGAUAUAUUUGCGAGGCAUCGAAUAAAGUUGGUAAAGUGUCAUCUUUCGCUAGAGUACUCGUCGUUACCGAUCCGAAGAUCAUCGAAGCGGAUGAAAAACUUAGAUCUAGAAUUUUGGGAGAUGAGCGAGAAGAAAGGCCACCGCAGUUCGCCAUGAGAUUACGAGAUAGACGGGUUCAGGUUACCUAUCCCGUACGCUUAACGUGCCAAAUUAUGGGUUAUCCUGCUCCCGAGAUAACUUGGUUUAAAAACGCCGUUGAAAUUAUUCAAGACGAACGUCACGUCUUUUGGGACGACGAUUCCAACUUUCAUACUCUAGAGAUAAUUCAUUCGACGCUCGAGGAUUCCGGAUGUUACAUGGUGACGGCAAAAAAUAUUCACGGUUCGGUGUCCUGUCGAUCCAUCCUCGUAGUCGAUAAAGGAAUUCGUGCUUACGUUGCCCCUGAAUUUCUUUAUGGCCUGGACGCAGUCUAUGCUGUAAGAUUAAAUGACGAAUUAAGAAUGUCAGCUCAGAUCGAGGCUUAUCCUAGCGUGGGUGUAGUAUGGCACCGCGAUGGAUUGCGUCUUCGACCUAGUAGAAGAACUAUCAUGACCUUGAGCCACGACGGUACAGUCGAAUUAUCUUUGGCCAAAGUUACGAGCAGGGACGCUGGUGUUUACAGUUGUACCGCCGUCAACGAAGUUGGCCGUGCUGAGACAUCAACGAGAGUCAACGUUAUCGUCGGAAGCGACGAAGCGAACGACAAGCAAAUUGAAUCUCUUAUCGAAGGAUUGCCAACGGUGACCAUUGCUACUCCCGAUGUGCCAUACUCGAAGGAGCCGCUAUUCGUUACGAAACCUUUAUCAACCGAGGCCCUCGAAGGAGAUACGGUCAUUAUACUUUGCGAGGUCGUUGGUGAUCCUAAACCGGAAGUUAUUUGGUUGCGCGAUUUUCUCAAGCCCGAUUAUUAUAGGGACGCGCCUCAUUUUCGAUUGGUGGAUAACGGUCCUCAAUACAGAUUGGAAAUACCUCACGCGAAGCUCGACUUUACCGGAACGUAUUCGGUGAUCGCUCGAAAUUGUCAUGGAGAAGCAAAAGCCAUAAUUUCUUUGCAAAUAUAUGCUAAAGGUCAAGGUAAGGAAACGACGAAGAUGAAGAAGUCGCCGAUUACGCACGGGAAGGUGCUCACCUUGCCUAUGGUAACGAGGGAACUCAGAGAUAUAAGAUGUUGCGACGGUGACGCUGUCACUUUGGAGUGUAAAUUUCUUGCCACGCCCGAACAACCCCCCAACGUUCGUUGGGAGAAGGGUGGAAAGAUAAUAACGAUGGGUAACGAUUUUACGAGUGAAUUCGAUGGCGAAGUAGCACGGCUAAGCAUCCAACACGUAUAUCCCGAGGACGAGGGAGAGUACACGUGUGUCGCUUACAACGAACUUGGGAAGGCAUUCACGUCGGCUUGUCUCGUAGUUGAUGUUCCCGAGGGCAAAGAAAACGUACUCAGCGAAAGAUUAACACGACCGGUCGGCCUACUAUCGGCAGGAUCAACGCCUCGAUCAACUCCACGAUCUACGCCUAUAAGAAGUUUAUCUCCUGCAGUUUCCCACGGCCGCGAACUCAGGUCUCCUCAAUUUCCGCCACGACGCGGUUCAACGAUAAAACGACCAAAGAUCAGUCCACCGAAAUUUUACUCCGUGCCGCACAAUCGAGUGGUCGAAGAAGGUGAAACCGUGCGUUUCCAAUGUGCCGUCGUCGGUCAUCCAACGCCCUGGCUGAAGUGGGACAAAAAUGGAAUCGUUGUCACGCCGACCACAAGAAUUUCCAUCGUAGAAAAGGACGACGUGAAGGUCCUAGAGAUCGGGGAGGUUACGCAAGAGGAUGCUGGCCUUUACAGAGUUACCUUGGAAAACGAUUUUGGUAGAAUCGAGGCUAGUGCUCGACUCGAAGUGAUAAAUCGGCAUGGAUCUUACGGGCGAACUAUAAGAACUAGAAGUGCCUCUCCGAGGAUUCAUCCUUCCUUUUCUCGAAGUCUUCUCGAUACGACUACGAGAAUGGACGGCCGUUUGCGCCUGCAAUGUGGCCUAAGAGGGAUCCCUAGUCCAACGCCAACCUGGUAUAGGAAUGGACGACCUUUGCCUCGUUCGAAUAGAAUAAAGAGACACUUUGACGGUAAAACCGCGAAAAUCGAAAUUACGAAAGUAAAAGCGAGCGACUCGGGCGAAUAUGCCUGCGUGGCAACGAACGUCCUUGGCUCGGCGAGGAACACUUGUCAGAUAACCGUACUCGAUCCACACGAUUCUUCAACUUUGGACAAAGAACCACCGACAUUCUUGCAAUCGCUUCCCAAAGAGUCCAUCGUUAUGGAAGGAAAUUCAUAUGAACUUCGUGCCAGACUUGCUGGUACUCCCCCGUUCUCGAUCAAUUGGUCGAAAGAUAAACGCGAGAUACCCGACGACGAUCGUCAUAAUUACGUUUCGCAUGGCGAUGGAGGAAUCGCCCUAAGACUCUGCGAUGUCCAUCCACGAGACGCCGGAGAUUACGCUUGCGUCGUUCGAAAUGAAUUCGGAGAAACGUCCUGUAGCGGUCUCCUUGCUGUCCAAGAUUAUAAGGCUAUAUAUCCUAAUCUCGCGCCACGAUUUAUCAAAACGCCGCUAACUCAAAUCAUCUCGAAGGGCGAGACCGCGUGUUUCUGUGCACGAGUACAGUGCGAAAAGCCAAUGGACUUUUUUUGGACCGUUAAUGGAAAAGACGUCAGGGAUAACGCUAGAUGCAAGAUCGAGGUAGACGAAAAUGUCAGCAUUUUGAAGAUACGCGACGUCUCCUCGCGAGACGCGGGUGAAAUUCGUUGUACAGCUUCUGUCCUUGGAAAUGGUCCAUCGAUCUGCUGUACGACGGAACUGCAAUUGAACCGAAUUUCGUGUACCUCCGAAGGCCGCACUUCGAAUUCGACGAAAGAACGAAAGAUAUCUUAUAACCGUGAAAAAUCACCGUCCCCAUCGUUCUUUAAUCGUACGCCCGAUUCCAAACUCUUUCAGACUCUUUCGAGCUCUUUUAGAAGAUCCAAGAAGGAACAGCAUUUAGUUUCGACAAAUGGCUCCUGUCAAAAGGAAGAAAAAUUCAAACGCACCAGAUCGUCCUCGCUUCCUUUAAGAACGAAAUCGUCGAGCCCCCAACGGCUCUCUCCAUUGCCGAAGAAGAAAAAUGCCGUUCCUCCGACGGAUCUGCAUAUCUCGAAGAUGAAGAAAGACAAAUCGAAUGAGACAGAUAUAAUACCAUUUAUGUGCACAGAACGAUCUCUAUUAACAUCAAGAACGGAUAACGAAUCUAAAGAGCCUGAUGACGAAUCGUCCAACAAAUUGGACAAAUUUGUAGCGGCUACGAUCGUUAAAGCCCCCAACGACGUAAAAGUCUUCAGAGGUAACAAGCUCGUUCUCAGGAUUACCUAUCGUGGCCAUCCCGAGCCAUUGGUCAAAUGGUUUCGCGCGGGUCGAGAGUUAAUGUCCGAGGAAAAAAUUGGAAUUACCUAUGGUGCUGGUGUCUCUCAUUUAACGUUGGACAAUAUAACGGCGGAUAAUGCUGGAAAGUACGAAGUGUCGGUGGAAAAUUUAUUAGCACGGGAUCGACAAUUUUUUAGUCUCGCCGUUGAAGGACCACCGGAUCCACCGACGGGUAUUCCAAGCGUAACGCGUUCGAAGAAUUCGGUAACGAUUGCUUGGAGAUCACCGGCUUACGACGGUGGUUGUACGAUAACCGGUUAUACGAUCGAGAUGAAUAGACGAGAAGAAAACUCUUGGACGGUCAUCGCUGAAUCCUGUCAUUCUCUUAGUCAUACGGUCCUCGCAUCGUCAAAGAAUUCUGAAAUCGUCCCUGGUGAAAGUUACCGUUUCAGGGUCAGGGGGGAAAAUAUUCAUGGGGUCGGUGAACCCAGUGUCCAAUCGGAACUCGUUAGGAUACCUCGGGAAGGAGAAACGAUUUUGCAGAACGAGGAAGAGGAAGAAUUUGUAGCGGCUUUCGAAGCUCGCACGGUUCAUGCGGAGGACUCGCAAUUAUUCGUCGAUAGAUACGACGUCUUCGAGGAGCUCGGUAAAGGCCGCUAUGGCGUCGUUAAAAGGGUCGUCGAAAAGUCGUCGAAUGAAAGUUUCGCCGCGAAAUUCGUUAGAACGAUCAAGAGCAAGGAUCGCGAACAAGUUCGCGAGGAAAUAAAUAUUAUGAAUAUGCUCAGACAUCCGAAGCUUCUACUUUUAGCAGCCGCUUUCGAAGGCCCCCGAGAAAUUAUAAUGAUCACUGAAUACAUUUCCGGUGGCGAGCUUUUCGAACGAGUUGUGGCAGAUGAUUUUACUCUGACCGAACGGGACAGCAUGCUUUUUAUGAGACAGAUUUGCGAGGGCGUCGAGUACAUGCAUCAAAACAAUGUCGUCCAUUUAGAUCUGAAGCCAGAAAACAUAAUGUGCCGAACGCGUACUUCCCAUAAAAUCAAGCUAAUCGAUUUUGGAUUAGCCCAAACCCUUAAACCGGACACACCGAUAAGAGUUUUGUUCGGUACGCCAGAAUUCAUACCACCUGAGAUCAUAAGUUACGAACCAAUUGGGACCGAGUCGGAUAUGUGGAGCGUCGGCGUUAUCUGUUAUGUACUAUUAACGGGACUAUCGCCUUUUAUGGGUGACAACGAUGCCGAGACGUUCGCGAAUAUAACGAGAGCCGAUUACGAUUUGGACGAUGAAGCUUUCGAUGCUAUUUCAAAUAAUGCUAAAGACUUUAUCACUGGUUUACUCGUUAAACGAAAAGAAUCGCGCAUGUCGUCAAGGCAAUGUCUGGAACAUCCGUGGAUGGCCCAACAUGCUGAAAGUAUGAGCAGAGUGGCAUUACCAACGGACAAGUUAAAGAAAUUUAUCGUACGUAGAAAGUGGCAGAAAACAGGAAAUGCCAUUCGUGCGCUAGGAAGAAUGGCGAUUCUUUCGGCGAACAGUAGAAAAAGUCCAACGAGGACGACGGAGACGUACGAUUCGACCAACAAUACGGAUAAGUGCGUUAUUAAUGAAGGAGAAAAAUUAUUCGAGUCUUCGGCGUGUACGGAAGAAAACGAUAAGAAUGAUACGAUGAUCGACCUAGAAGAUGAUAAUUCGAAUUGUUCGUCCGAACUCGAGGGAAGUUCGAGACGAAAAACUAGCCUGUACUCGUUUUGUUACAAAACAGAAGUAAAUAUUUCAUUGCAAGAAGAAUCGGACGGUAAAGUGUAUAAAGACGAGAACGAGGACGAGGAAAUAUCAUCUGCGAUCGAUAAUAUAUAUUUGGAAAGUACGAGAGAAAGCGAACUGGCGGUGGAGAAAGAGAAAGAAUAUCAUGAGAAUAUCGGGGAACAAGACUUGACGAAUGUAGAAAGGAAAUCAUCGGGAAUCGAUAUAGAUUCUGUAUCUAGUAGAUUUCAAAAUCAACGACGAGUGUUUCGAGGCGACUCACGUGAUUCCGGAAUCGCCGAUUGCAGUUCGAAUUUAGCUACUUCGUCAUUGCAAUUAGACGAGUUGGGAAUCGUUUCGAUCAUCGAAGAGGAAACGGACAACGAGACUAGUUCGAAAUCUUCGAGAGACGAUACAGGGAGUAUCGAAGCUACCUCGCAAAGUAAAAAUCUAAAAAUUAAAGCUUCGCGUGAGACUAAUCCCGUCCAAGAAGAUGCCAAUAAAAAUCAGGAUGCAAGGAUGAUCGUUGCUCGGAAUCGAGAAAAAUUCGUUCCUACGGGGAACGUCAGUCGUACAGCAAAGAUGUUUGAACAGGAGGCAGAAUCUGUAAAAUCAUCGGCACCCUCUCAAAUUCAUAUUGUACAUCGCGCCUAUCCGGCAACAACGAUGGCCACUGGUAAACCGCACAACGAGAGGAUACAAAGAGUUUUUGCCUUUUGGAAUAAAUAAGAAGACUUUUUUAGUUGUGUCCUUUUCUCUUUUUUUUUCUUUUUUUUUUUUAUCGAUGAGAUAUAUCAACUUUUUUCGACAGUUGACGGCACUGUAUUUAAUUUUUUCAUUUCAUCGUCUACUUACAUACACACACGCACGUACGCACAAACACACAAUUAUAAUCGAAUACAAGUGUUAUGCGAAUAAGAAUUUUCUUAAGAUAUUAGUCCAGUUUCUUCGAGAAGAGCGAAUAAUGGAAGAGCUAUCGUGUCUAUAAUAUUAGUGUAGAUACUUUUAGUGAGAAAUAAAAUUGAUUCAAUUUGUUGUUAUAAUCGGUGUGUGUGUGUGUAUGUGUAUAUGCACACACAUACACAUGCAGACAAACACACACACACACACACACACACACAUAUACAUAUAUCGCCUUCUUGUAUAAAGAGAAUUAGAGAUACCUAAAUAUAUUAUAAUUUUACAACGAUCCGACGAUAAAAUGAUAAAAUAUGAAAUAAAAAACAGUAAGACAGAAAUACAAUUACAACGCCUUAUGGGAAAGAAAAGACGUUAAUGAAAAGCAUAUGCACUUCAAAGUGUCCAGGGAGUAUCGACAUAUUCGUUCAAUGACGAUGUUGGAUCGCUAAAAAAAAAAAAGAAAAAAAAAAAAA